AUGGCCGAGUCUGCUACCACACCCCCUAAAUCUGUCCACACAAUCGUGUUGGACGCCGGUCCGAUCCUCAAGAAUACCCCGCCGCUUUCGACUCUACUUGCCCAGUGCGAGGAAAUCUUCACCCCGCCAUCCGUGGUCAACGAGAUCCGCGAUCCCGAUGCCCGCGCCCGAGUCGAGACUCUCUACCUGCCAUUCCUGAAGCAACGGUCGCCCACGCCGAACAGUUUCAAUGUGAUCAGCGAAUUCGCCCGCAAGACCGGUGAUCGGUCGGUGCUGAGUAAAACCGAUAUCGAGGUGCUGGCGCUGGCCUAUGAGGUGGAAUGUGAACGCAAUGGUGGCGAUUGGCGGCUGAGGAGUGUUCCUGGCCAGAAGCGAGUCAAUGGCAAGCCGCCUGUCAAGGAGGAGGACCAGACGGAAAAGAAAACCGAGUCAACGGAUGUGGAAGUCAUCACGGAUGGCGUGAAAGAUGCGAGCAUUAAGGAGACUUCAGAAAAUUCUAUUGCGGAGCAGCCUGCCCCCUCUACAGAUACCGCAGAGAAGGAGACCACUGCUGAGAACGACUCCACCGAGGCCCCGACGGCAGAACAAGAUGUCCCCGAAGACAACGGCAACGAGGACGAGGAUGGUGGUGCCGACUCGGACGGCGGAGAAUGGAUCACGCCCACCAACUACAAGAAGCGGCUGGCCCGCGACGAAGCUGGCGGUGCAACAGGUGUUACGUCCGAGCCGAAGACCAUGCAGGUCGCGACGAUGACCACUGAUUUUGCGUGUCAAAACGUGCUGCUCCAGAUGAACCUCAACCUUCUGUCAACUACCACUCUCCAGCGAAUUCAGCACCUCAAAUCCUUCAUCAAGCGGUGCCAUGCCUGUUUCUUCACCACGAAAGAAAUGAGCAAAGAUUUCUGUCCGCGCUGUGGCAAUGACACCCUCACCCGGGUCUCAUGUACCACCACUGCCAAUGGCCAGUUCACCAUGCAUCUGAAGAAAAACAUGCAGUGGAACAACCGGGGUAACCGUUACAGCGUCCCAAAACCUGUGGCAGGCAAUGCUAGCGGCAAGUGGAAAGGCGGCGGAGGUAAAGGUGGCUGGGGCACGGAGCUGGUCCUCGCCGAAGACCAGAAGGAAUAUGUCCGAUCCGUGGCUGAAGAGCAACGCCGACAGCGCCGGGAGCGGGACCUCAUGGAUGAAGACUACCUGCCUGGCAUCUUGACCGGAGAGCGCAGCAAGCAAGGAGGCCGGGCCAAGGUCGGCGCCGGCCGCAACGUCAACUCGCGAAAGCGUUGA